GAGACUAGCCCGCCUUCAUGUUGGACACGCCUCUAUGUUCAGGGAACACCGCUUCAUACAUACACUGUUGUUAGCGACGUAGCCUCUACGGCCAAUUUCAUUUUUGACAUUUCCAUUUGCGACCCCUUCUCAGAACUUCACUUUUUGUCACGGCCAGGUGAAUGCACGAGUAGCGGUUUACUGGUUCAAAUUGUUGCUGGUGGCAGUCCUGCGAGCCCCUUUGAGUAUGCAUGUACAAUGAAGAGGCGUGUGGAGGACCAGGAACCAGUAUUUGCGCCCCAGCAACAGCAAGCACGACGUCCCCCAGUUCAAGGCAUUGCAGACAGCUUCCAGCACCGGGCCCUCGCCCCGGCUCCUACUGUGAUAGAGGCAGCUGCAGACAACAUGCAGCCAUCCACCGGCAUCCAGUAUUCUCUCCCCCAAGGCUACCAGGUGCCGACAAUGCCUCAGAGUACAAGUGGACAUGGACACGGACAUGGACAUAACAAUACUGCACCACAUGUUGGUUCCCACGCACACAGCCUGGCAGUUCAGUCCCAGGGCCCUGCAGUGGUCCAGGGUCACGUUCAUCCACCUGCACCCAUGACUUCCACCCAAGGACAGCAGUUUCAGCGGCUGAAGGUUGAAGAUGCCUUGUCCUAUCUGGAUCAAGUGAAGCUGCAGUUUGGAAAUCAGCCACAAGUUUAUAAUGAUUUCCUUGAUAUUAUGAAAGAGUUCAAGUCACAGAGCAUAGACACUCCUGGAGUCAUUAAUCGCGUGUCCCAGCUCUUCAAGGGUCAUCCAGACCUCAUUAUGGGUUUUAACACCUUCUUGCCACCUGGAUAUAAGAUUGAGGUUCAAACCAACGAUCUAGUCAAUGUGACCACGCCAGGUCAGAUCCACUACAUCACCCCUCAUGGAAUAUCUGUUCAGAACAUCCCUAUAAGUGGAGUGUCCAGCCAACCUGCGAGCCACAACCAGCACCAGAGUCUGCCACAUGCUGGCCCGCACACCACCACCACCACCACAACCACCACCCCCACUGCCCCACCAACCCCCACCCAACCUGCUCCAAAUAAAACCAGCAAGCCAAUUCAGUCUCCGGCCCACACACCCACCAGCCAACCCAACCCAUCCAUCCCAUCCUACGCCUCACCGCGCUCACCUUCAGUCCAGUCCCACACUCCUGUGAGCAGCACGCCGUCCGGUGGGCCACCCCUCCAGAACAACCAGCCUGUGGAGUUUAACCACGCUAUAAAUUAUGUGAACAAGAUCAAGAACCGUUUCCAGGGCCAGCCAGACAUCUACAAAGCCUUCCUUGAAAUCCUUCACACAUACCAGAAGGAACAACGAAAUGCUAAAGAGGCAGCAGGUAACUACACCCCAGCACUGACUGAGCAGGAGGUCUACACUCAGGUGGCAAGACUCUUCAAGAACCAGGAGGACCUGCUCUCCAGAGUUUGGACAGUUUCUGCCAGAUGCAAAAGCUCAUUGCUGCUGUGCAAGACUACACCAGACAGGGCAGAGUCGGUGCGUAAUGAUCAUGGUGGCACAAUAAAGAGGCCCUUGCUGAACAGCAAGCAGAGACUGAGCCAGAACGGCCUGCCAAUCAGGAGACCUGCUGGAGUGGGAGCCACACCGCCUGUCAAGAAAAAGCCCAAAAUAUUGGGGAAGGACCAUGGCAUGACUGAAGUCGGCAAACACAGCACCAGCACGGAAACUAUGUUCUUUGAGAAGGUGAAGAAGGCUCUGCGGAGCUCCGAGGCGUAUGACAACUUCCUGCGGUGUCUUCACAUUUUCAACCAAGAAGUGAUCUCUCGUGCUGAGCUGGUCCAGUUAGUCAUCCCGUUUCUUGGAAAAUUCCCAGAGCUUUUUACAUGGUUUAAAAACUUCCUGGGCUACCGGGAGUCGAGUCACGGGGAGUCGAGCCUCACCGAGAGUUUACCCAAAGAGCGUGCAACAGAGGGCAUUGCUAUGGAGAUUGACUAUGCAUCCUGCAAGAGGCUGGGGUCCAGCUAUAGAGCACUGCCAAAAAGCUACCAACAGCCCAAGUGCACAGGAAGGACGCCGCUGUGCAGAGAGGUUCUGAAUGACACGUGGGUGUCGUUUCCAUCGUGGUCUGAAGACUCUACAUUUGUGAGCUCCAAGAAGACUCAAUAUGAAGAGCACAUUUACAGAUGUGAGGAUGAGCGCUUUGAGCUGGAUGUCGUGUUGGAAGCCAACCUUGCCACGAUACGAGCCCUGGAGACGGUGCAGCGGAGGAUGUCUCGCAUGUCUGCUGAGGAGCAGCUGCGCUUCAGGCUGGACAACACAAUGGGCGGCUCCUCAGAGGUCAUUCACCGCAAAGCUAUCCAGAGGAUAUAUGGAGACAAGGCCAACGACAUCAUCGACGGGCUUAAGAAGAACCCAGCUGUGUCUGUUCCCAUAGUGCUGAAAAGAUUAAAAAUGAAGGAGGACGAGUGGAGAGAAGCCCAGAGAGGAUUCAACAAAAUCUGGCGGGAUCAGAAUGAAAAGUAUUACCUGAAGUCACUCGACCAUCAGGGCAUCAACUUCAAGCAGAAUGACACCAAAGUGAUGCGUUCAAAGACCUUACUCAAUGAAAUUGAAAUGCUAUAUGAUGACCGCCAGGAGCGAGCAUCAGAGGAAACUGCCUCACCACCACCGAGCGGCCCUCACUUGACCCAGACCUAUGACGACAGCCAGAUCCUGGAGGACGCUGCUGCCCUCAUCAUCCACCACGUCAAAAGACAGGUGGGCAUCCAGAAAGAAGACAAGUACAAGAUCAAACAGAUCAUCCACCACUUCAUCCCUGACCUGCUGUUUGCACGACGAGGGGAGCUCUCUGAUGUUGAGGAAGAGGACGAAGACGAGGAAGAAGAAGCCAUGGAGAUGGAUCCUGACGUCCCCAAGAAGCACAACGGCCUUCCAGGCAGCAGCCCAUCAAAGUCCAAGCUCCUCUUCAGCAACACGGCAGCUCAGAAGCUGCGGGGCACAGAUGAUGCCUAUAACAUGUUGUUCAUGAACAACUACUGGUAUAUCUUCCUUCGUCUUCACCACAUCCUCUGUUCUCGUUUGCUGCGGAUUUACGGGCAGGCUGAGAAACAGAUUGAGGAGGAUGCCCGUGAGCGAGAGUGGGAAAGAGAAGUGUUGGGGUUCAAAAGGGAGAAAAAUGAAAAUCCAGCAAUCCAACUGAAGAUGAAGGAGCCAAUGGAUGUUGAUGUUGAGGACUAUUACUCGGUGUUUCUGGAAAUGGUGCGCAAUCUUUUGGAUGGAAACAUGGAGCCGACUCAGUACGAGGACUCCCUGAGGGAAAUGUUUACUAUCCAUGCCUACAUUGCCUUCACCAUGGACAAACUCAUCCAGAGCAUCGUACGGCAGCUCCAGCACCUCGUCACUGAUGAUGUGUGUGCGCGUGUAACGGACAUGUACUUAAGCGAAAGUGCCAAUAAAUCCACGGGGGGCCCACUGUCCACGCAGACAUCCAGGGCCACAGCAGAGGGGGCCUACCAGCGUAAAGCAGAGCAGCUAAUGUCAGAUGAAAACUGCUUCAAGUUGAUGUUUGUAAAGAGUCGAGGAUCUGUCAGUCUGGCCAUGGAGCUGCUGGACACAGAAGAGGAAAACUCCGACGAGCCAGCCGAGGCAGAGGUCCGACAUAUUUAAUAUUGAAGUACAGUU